GUACAUUACUUCCCAAUGGCAGAAGUCCUAAUGUGUUGUCGUUAGCACACACCGUUGUGUGCUUGUUUGCUGUCGAACGGAGAGGAGGUAGAAAUAUGACAGGGAAACGAAAAACUAAAUCUACUCCUCAGGAGUCAGAUUCUGCCGACGGGCAGAAGAAAUGCCGUCCGGAGGAGCCGACAGCGAGACCGACUACCGCUGAGGUACCGACCAGACUGAGGGAGGAGGUGGAGAGACUCUAUAAACUGACGAUGCCUGAAGACUUCUACCUCUUCUGGGACUUCUGCUCCCUGCUCAGCCCCGAUAACCCCCGGGCCCUGAAGGAAAUCCUGGGUUUGAGGUUGGUUGGCCCGUUUGACAUUCUGGCGGAGGCCCACAGCUCAGCCACCCCGGGGCCCAACUACCACCUACACUGGACCCACGACCCCCAGCCAGACCCCUGGGAAACAGGGCUACAGCUCCAUGUUACUACAGCAUUACACAUGGGUUACUACAGAGAUAGUCCGGACUCCCUGCCUGUGUUCCUAGGGGAGAAUGAAGCCAAGAAGGGCUGUACCAUCACGCAGAUGGGGGACAACAUGUUUGCUGCUGUCCAUCUGUUUCUGGGGAGGAAGAGGAAGGAGAGGGGCGGGCGUAAGGAAGGGGGCAAGGCUCUGGAUAACCUGGAGGAGGAGUUAAGAGAGAGGGCGGAGUCUCUGGGCUUUUCCCUGGAGCAGAAGACCAAAGGCAUGAAGCAGAGAGACAAGAAGGUUGUCACCAAGACGUUCCAUGGAGCCGGCCUGGUGGUUCCUGUUGAUCAGAAUGAUGUUGGUUACCGGGAGCUGCCGGAGACAGACGCGAGUAUGAAGAGGCUGUGUAAGGCCAUAGCGGAGGCCAGGUGUGAUGAAGACAGGAUGAAGGCUUUCGGCCCGCUGCAGGAGAUGAUCACCUUCGUCCAGUUCGCUAACGACGAGUGUGACUACGGCAUGGGGCUGGAGCUGGGCAUAGACCUCUUCUGUUACGGAUCACAGUACUUCUAUAAGGUGAUCAGACAACUGCUGCCCAUGGCCUACAGCCUACUGAAGAGGGGCCUGUUUGGAGAGAUCCUGGAGGCUCACCUCUCCAGCCGUUCCCACGACAACCUGGACCAACUCACCUCAGCCUGAAGAAUACCACGGGAGAGGAAGAAGAGAGAGAGAGAAGAAGAGGGAUGGAUUGUUGUCAGCUCUGACCACACUGUGUUUUUAUGAGUCUUGUUGUGGUGCUGCUGUUGAAUGGUACCAGUGGCGUACCACUCUCUCUAUGUGCAUAUGUGGAAUAAAGGAUUAUAUUUCUAAGA